UAACUCAUUUAUGAAAAAUACAAUAUGAUCGAAAUGUCAAAAAAUUAAUAAAUAAAAUAAUAAUGCAAGCUUUUGGUAUUUUAUCCCUGAUCUGAACACUCAAAUUAGUUUUUUAGAGAACCGAAAGUGAAAGCGGGAAUACCUGGGAUUCUCCAUUUUGACGUCAUUGCGUUCAACAUGGCCGGUCAAGUCCUGAAAAAAUUGAUCCCAAGUAUAAAGCAGGCUGUGAGUUGCAGAUGUUACUCUGGAGGAAGAAGGACAGUGACCCUUAUUCCAGGUGAUGGCAUUGGGCCUGAGAUCUCCGCGUCAGUACAACAGAUCUUUGAAGCUACUAAGGUACCUAUAGACUGGGACCCAAUAGAUGUCACUCCAGUGAGGGGACCAGAUGGCAUGUUCAAUAUCCCACAGAAAGCUCUGGAUGUCAUACAUAAACACAAAAUUGGUCUGAAAGGACCUCUAGCGACACCUAUUGGUAAAGGUCACAGAUCACUGAACUUAGCUUUAAGGAAAGAGUUCACACUGUAUGCCAAUGUGAGGCCAUGUAAGUCUAUAGAAGGCUACAAAACCCCAUAUGAUAAUGUGGACUUAGUCACGAUCAGAGAGAACACAGAAGGAGAGUACAGUGGCAUAGAGCAUGUGAUAGUAGAUGGUGUUGUUCAGAGUAUCAAAUUGAUUACAGAAGAGGCCUCUCGCAGAGUUGCCAAGUUUGCCUUUGACUAUGCCAGGGCAAAUGGCAGGAAUACAGUCACAGCAGUACAUAAGGCUAAUAUUAUGCGUAUGUCGGAUGGUUUAUUCCUCAAGUGUUGUAGAGAAGAAGCAGCAGAACACAGAGAUAUUAAAUUCAAUGAGUCCUACCUUGAUACUGUCUGCCUCAAUAUGGUUCAAGAUCCUACACAGUUUGAUGUUCUAGUCAUGCCAAACCUCUAUGGUGAUAUUCUCAGUGAUCUGUGUGCUGGUCUGAUUGGUGGACUAGGAGUGACACCUAGUGGAAAUAUUGGAGAAGGUGCUGCCCUCUUUGAAUCAGUUCAUGGCUCUGCCCCAGAUAUAGCAGGUGAAGACAAGGCUAACCCAACAGCUCUAUUACUAAGUGCUGUUAUGAUGUUGAGACACAUGGAAAUGUUUAGAGAGGCUGAUAUUAUUGAAAGGGCUUGCUUCGAUACUAUAGCUGAAGGAAGGGCUGUCACUGGAGAUCUGGGAGGAAAAGCUAAAUGUUCAGAGUUCACUAAUGAAAUAUGUUCUAAAAUAGCUGAACAAGUAUAAUGAAUAGAAUUUUAGGAUAAUUUUAGGAAUCACCAAAUGUUACUCCAUAGAUAGUUUAGUAAAGGAAGAGCUUUGAUCCCAGGAUGCUUUAACUCAAGAACAAAGAUGCAUUGUGGGAUAAGGAAGCAUCUUUCUCUGUGUUGUUUGAUUGUUUUGUGCACAGGAGCAGAGAAAGUGCAAUGACUGAAGAAUACUUGAACAAAUUUGGGACAAAAAGUAAUAUUCAUGCAAUACAGUGAAAUAUAAGCCAUUUCUCCUGUGUCCAAAGGAUGAAACUGCAAGAAUUUUAAUGUAGAUUGAUUCUCUAAGUGAAAAGUAAUAGUGUGUAAACAGUGUCAGAGGUUGCUGUGCCAUUCAGUUGUAGAACAAAUAUGUAUUUUUACUUGGAGACAUGCAAUAGUUGUAUUACAUAGCUAAACAUGUGAAACAUCCUGUCACACAACUGUAAAAAUUAGUGAAGGAUUUCAAAAGAGCCAUUAGAUAUACUCAUUUUUAUUAUUUGUACAUUCUUUAUAUCUUGUCAUGGACUUACAGAAGAAUUAUUGUAAGUCUAUGACCUGGAAAAUUACAUAGCUGGUUUAGUUUCAUACAAUGCUUUAUUACUGUGCAUUAGCUUUAGGCCUGUGUAGUGUAUCAGUGGCUUCAUAU